GAGUUCUUAAAGUGGAAGAUCGCCGAAUUGCGAAGUGCCUAAGCUGACCAGCUCUAGCGGAGGUCAUGUGACUCUCACUACACCAAAAGAACCUUCCAUAUCAGUGGGAAUGCUAAGUAAUAUUCUGAUAUAGCAUUGGCAUGAACUCUGGAUUUGGGUAAUUUUCACAAGAUUAUCUACGUCCUAUGCAUGGUGUGAACUCUUCAGCGCUUAAAUUGGUGCCUGAUUCUGUAGGCAGAAUCAAUCUUUCGCAUUGUAGUUUCCGGAGCAUACGCAAUCGUCCUCCAAGAAUUCUGCUGCCUGUCUAUCUACUUGUGUAUAAAAUUAUUGAUUUCCAACACUUGAAAGUUCAGUAAUGUAGAUUCUCCUCAAGACUAUUGAGAACUUCACAUAAGCAUCCCACCGCCUUCAUUACACUAUGCCUGUCCCAAAUUAUUCCGUGGUGCCCAUCACCAAAGAAGAUAUCCCUCUCAUCAGCGCUUUCCUCCAGGCCUCUAAACUUCAAUUAGCAAUCAACCGAUUUUUGGUCAAGGACUGGCCUAAUGAUCAAUUCCAGAAAGUACAUUAUACUAGAGCCAUCGAAGGUGGUGUAUCCAACCCCCAAACAACCUCUCUGAAAGUGAUCAACAACACCACUGGGCAAGCCGUGGCACACCUAUUCUACACAGAAAAGCCGUCCACUCCAGCAGGUGACGUUGAAGCCACCACCGGGGGAGAAAAGAACCAGGUGAAGAAGGAGAUCCCAGCUGCAUUUAAUCCCGCCGUGUACCAGGCGGUCAUGGAAGCAGUUGAGAAACUGGAGCCAAGAUUGGAGACCGACAAAUACAUGGAAUUGACUCAUCUGUAUGUCGAACCAUCUAGCCGAGGACAGGGAAUCGGGUCGUGGUUGCUGCAAAUCGCCCAAGAAGCUGCCGAAGCCGCAAAACUGCCCAUCGUUCUAUGCUCUGAGCCUAACCAUCAUGAUUUCUUUGUUAAUCGUGGCUUCAAGGAUGUAAAGCACGCGGACAUUGACUUGGCGCAGUGGGCAGCGUCGUGGAGUGGGUAUGGAGUGUUUAGAAUCACAAGAAUGAAGCUUCAGGAGUAAAGCUUGUUCUGGCGGUGCAUUGGCAGAUACUCUCGCUGCACUCUAUUCCAUAUGGUAGAUUGUGAUUUAUAUAUGUGUCAAUAUAAGGAUUUCUUCCUG